UAUGUAUUAGUACAUACACAAACCAAACGGUGCAAGUCUAUGCGCGAACACACUUGUCCGCCCAGCCCCACACCUCCUCACUCCUCAGGCACAACCCCUCGUCCUUCAAUCUCCUCCGCCAUCCGCCGGACAGCAGCAGCCGCGGAGGCCCUAUCCCCUUUCCCUCAACCCUCCUCAACUCUCUGUCAGCCCUAUCCUCUCCCGCUCCCUUCGUCGUAGUCGCGCUCCCUCUCCGUCGCCCUCCACGCAGCAGCAGCCUCUGUGUCGUCCUCCACGCAGCAGUAUCCCGUGUCUUCCUCCGUGCAUCGCAGCGCACUCCAGCUGGCAGCCACUUCCGUGUCUUCGUCCUCUCCUUCCUGCACUCUGCCACAUCAUCAAGAAUGGAGCCUUUGACUCAGUUUGAUAAGAGUACAAGUGAGAACAUUGGUGAAACAGGAAGACCGAAAACCCAAAUCAAAUCAAUCCAAUUACAAUUGGUUUAGUUUGGUUUGGUUAGCCUUGGAUAAAAAACCAACCGACUAUUUGUUCAAUGUAUUGGAUGGCCUUUCCUCUAACAACCGAACUAUACUGCACUGUGAACACCGCUACAUAAUAUGGCUUGUACCUGCUUUAUUUAUUUAUUGAUUUAUUUCACAUGCUUGCACCUCCAGCUAGAAUUAGCCAUACCUUUCUGUAUCUUUUCUUUUCUUUUAAUCAUCUGCAGUUUCGGCUUUUUCCACAUGAUAUGUUAUUGUUGUUGAAGCCCAACUCAUUCUCACAAGGUUCUGAAAUUCAAACACUUGGAAGUGUCUCACUUUAUAUUCUGUAUCUGGAAGUGUAAACUGUGAAGAGGAGAAAUCAUGUGUCAUAGUUACGAAGCUCUGGUUCUAAUUCAAAAAAUGGUGAAAGUGCCUCCAACAAAAGCACUUUCUUUGUUCAAUUCUUUAAACCAUCACCACACCCCUCAAUCUAUUUCCUUCAUUCUUAACCAUCUUCUCUCCUCUGCCAUGCUCUCCCAUGCCCAUUCGCUUCUCCUCUGCCUUAUCUCCGGCAGAAUCUCCUCUCCUUUCUUCUCUCCAUCAUCACUCAUGCACCAACUCACACACACCCAGUUCAUUCAUAAUUCAACACAUACUCUUCUCUACGAGGCAAUCAUUAAUGCCUAUGUUCAUUCUCACUUACCUGAUCAAGCUCUCUGUUUCCUCAACCACAUGGUUUGUAACGCCCAUUUUCCCACAUCAAACACCUUUAAUAACCUUUUGAUCUUGCUCCUUAGAUCUAAUUGUUUUGGUAAAGCAUGGCUGCUUUUCAAUGAAAUGAAGGGUAAGGUUGCUAUGGAUGUCUACAGUUUCGGGAUUAUGAUCAAGGGUUGCUGUGAAGUUGGUGACUUGAUCAAGAGUUUUCGGCUUUUGGCUUUGUUGAUUCGCAUGGGUUUCUCUCCAAAUGUUGUCUUAUACACUACCUUGAUUGAUGGUUGUUGCAAGAUUGGUGAUGUUCACUUGGCAAAGAAGUUGUUUUGUAAGAUGGAGGGGUUGGGCUUAGUUCCCAAUCAGCACACUUAUAGUGUAUUGAUAAACGGGUUCUUCAAGCAUGGCCUUCAAAAGGAAGCAUUUCUAAUGUAUGAAAAUAUGAAGCAGAGAGGAACGGUGCCCAAUGUUUAUGCUUACAAUUGUAUCAUCAAAGAAUAUUGUAAGGAUGGGAAUGUAGAUAAGGCUUUUAAGGUGUUCGAUGAAAUGCGUGAGAAAGGUGUGGCAUAUGGUAUUGUAACGUAUAAUAUUUUGAUUGAUGGGUUGUGCAGAUUGAAGAAGCUUCAGGAAGCAGUAAAGUUGGUUGAUAAAGUGCAUCUUGUUGGCUUAACUCCUAAUUUAAUUACAUAUAAUACACUAAUCAAUGGUUUUUGUGGCAUUGGAAAGAUGGACACUGCUGUUAGAUUAUUUAAUCAAUCAAAGGCAAUUGGACUAUCGCCAUCAUUGGUGACCUACAAUACUUUGAUUGCAGGGUAUUGUAAGAUUGGAAAUUUGGAUAGAGCUCUUAACAUGGUCAAGGAAAUGGAGGAGAGAAGCAUCGCUCCUUCCGAAGUGACUUAUACAAUCCUUAUUGAUGCUUUUGUACAAUUAAAUCAUAUGGACAAAGCAUUUGAAAUACAGUCUUUAAUGGAGAAGUCUGGUUUGAAUUUAGAUGUUUUUACAUGUAGUAUCCUUUUGCAUGGGUUUUGUAUGAACGGUAAUAUGAAAGAAGCAUCAAAGCUCUUCAAAUCAUUGGGUGAGCUGCGCUUGGAACCAAACAGUGUCAUUUAUAAUAUCAUGAUUCAUGGUUAUUGCAAAGAAGAAAGCUCUUACAGGGCUCUUAGAUUACUCAAAGAAAUGAUUGACAAUGGAAUGGUUCCAAAUUUGGCUAGCUUUUGUUCAACCAUAGGGCUUCUUUGCAAGGAAGGAAAGUGGAAGGAAGCGGAGUUUCUCAUACAGAAGAUGAUAAAUUCAGGAUUGGAGCCCUCAGUUUCUUUGUACAAUAUGAUUUACCGAGCCAAAAGUGAAGUUCUGGAUAUCUUGAGUGCAUAUUUCUGCAUUUUGGCAUACAAUGGGAAGCUGCAUAUGCCAUAUGAAAUUGAAUCUUAGAAUGUUUACAAUCAUUCUUAUUUGUUAUAAACCAAGACAAAUCAACUAUUCUACUAGCCACCUACUUGAAUGUAGUUAAAGUGGUGCAACAACCUUGGAGCUUUCCUGGCGUGAAUGAGCAAGUUACAUUAGACAAGUUUGAUGGAGGUGCUCAUAACAACUCCAUUUGAUGGAGCUGCCAAAACUAUUUGUAGAAUUGGCGCAACUUACUUUGCUGUAUUUACUAAUGAGCACAUCCCUUGCCCGCAUCUGAAGACGUGGUCCUGGUCGACAUUCGGCGAUGGUUGGCGGCUUAGCUGCUACCGGAAAUCCCUUUAAUGCAUGGAUCAAGGGCUUCUAUCCUCUCAGAAGUGUAUUCGAAACAUAAACAUUAGCAGAAAUAUGAGGCUGUUGUUUCUCAAUGAAAGAAGCAUCAGCAGCAGACAGUUCAAUUCGGCAAUCGGUCCAAUAGCACACAAACUGUUGAGGAACUCAAAUGAGCUAGUUUGAUGACUCAACUGAUCUUGACGCGUCCUAGCAUUCCGUGAAUAAAUUGAUGUAUGGUUCGGUUGGAGGAACAUAUUCUAGGAACACGUUCUGCUUCAACUAUGUCCUGCAAUAAAAACCAUUCCAUCUAUUUGUAUUAUGUUUAAUUGUUUAUUUGGAUGCACUGUUUUAUUGGUUAGGGGUUGUCCGAUGUAUUUGUGGGCAAGGUAGUUAAAAUCGUGACUCUACUCAUAGAAUCGCACGAUUCUGUGAUUUUGCUUCUCCCUCCUGUCUCGUUUAUGCUUCUCGUCUUCCAAGAAGCAGCUCCGUGCUGAAUUUCCGAAGAAACACGCUCAAAUACUAGAAUCACUAGUUUCGAACGAGGUUGCGUUUCAGUUUCAAGAAAUCUCUAGAAAGCGGUUUUCUUGGCUCAAAUUGCAACCAAUUCAAACCCUAGAGUCCAAUCUGAAGUAAAAAAGAUAAAUGUCCCUACAAAUUCUUCUUGAACCGUUUACCCUAGCAAUUUAUCCCCAAUCUAUGACUGUCUUUUUAGUUUUCACAUCAUUUAAUCUAUCACUUUCCCUCCCUCCAAGCUCUGAACUCCCUCUGAAUUCUAAAAUCACCGAAUCAGAGAAGAAAAGUUGUUAUCGUGACCUGAGGCUUGUUGCGGUGCUGUCUGUGAGUGUAUCUCUAUUUUCCUGACUUUCUCUGACUGCAACUGUGACUGCAUUAGAAGGUUGCUGGCUUAGUAUUGCUGCUGCUCUAUGUCAUUGACCGCCGGUGUUUAUGGUUGGUUGUUGCCUGCUCCUCCCCUAUUUAGUGAUUUUAGGAAAGCAUGAUGGAACUUCAAGAUCAGAGGUCACUUUCCAUUCCACAGGAUUCUGCCUCGAAUGGAUACGAUCUAUAAAGCAACAGUGUCAUCAAUCAUCAAUCAUGUAUCUAUUUUCACCAUGAAUCAUGUUAGAUAGCAAAAUCAUGUCUCUGCAAUGCAGUUAGUUCCUCUGAUCAGCAAGAACAGAGCCAGUGGGAGAGAAAUGCGCAUCUCUCGCAUACUUCUUGUAUUAAUUUAUUUUGGAAGUAAGGAAAUUAUGUUUGAAUUAUCCCAAAAUAAGAACUUUUUGUCUGUCUAUUUUCUCCAAAGUUCGAAUAUGUUUCUAUCCUCAACAUGUCAAUCUCCUCUAUCAGUCUAUCACAGCAUAAUAACCAAACACUAUUCUUUAGUUCAAACCUUAGUCAUUUUUGCAUAAAUUGACCAUAUCAUCAUAGGAAAAUUAAGAGAAAUUUGACUCGCAGAAUGAUGCCAAAUACCUUGGGUUGAGAGUUGUGUCAGCUCACAAAACUGCACUACUAAAAACAUCACAAGCAAAAUGAACACAAGUCUAUUAAAUUGACAGGAAUAAU